AGCAUCCGAAACGAAAUAAUCCCCGCUAUACCCCAGUGUGAAGAGGCAAGAAUGGAGGCAGCGGGCGGGUCACGUGACGAGGGAUAUUACCCCCGCGAGCCAGCUAACCAAGUGAAGCGAAGCUAGGCAAAUCAGUUUGUAGGCCUCCGUAUUGAAGCCUGCACCAUGUGGCUAGUGAAGGGCUCCAGUUUGUAGGAAACCCGUUGUUUGGCUCUCUGUUCACUGUGCGCUUGUACAAUCGAUAGCUCAGUCAUAUCGAGACGCCGAUCGUGUAGAGGGCCCGGCGAUGAAAGCAAAAUUGAUGCGAUUCCAGCCGUUGUGUCUUCGCUGGUUCGACUGCGGAAGAGUGAUAUACCGAUAGAAAGGAUUAACUACGUGAAGCUGUGGUGAAAGGAAAUACUCAAAAAGGACUAGUAUAAUAUAUUUCUUCACUGGACGCUGUCAUACCUGGAAACAGUGUAUGUUACUGGCUUCUGCUGAUAUUGAGGUGUGUUUACAACAUAAAUGCAGAAGAGGUCCUGUUAUACAUCACGUUGACAUGCUGUCAUGGUGGACAUUGACAGCAUGGUACAGGAUUUUCGACCAACUUAAUGCUUACCUCACGGAUCCUACCUUUCUUUGACCUACUAAUGGCGGAAGUGUACCUCGACCCUUUGCUCCGGGGAUUCUGGGAAGGGUUUCCGUGCCCCCCACCCUGGAACACAGGACUUCUGCACCGAGUCAACUGGACUGGAUGUUUGGGGGAGAAUGUUGGGGAAAGAGUCAAGCUGUUUAUGGUCGACAAAUGUCGGAUUGAAGUAGAGGACGAUGUACCCCCUCUUCUUGACCAGGGAGAACGGCUAGAGACAGAGAUCUGUGCCACGCCUUGUAAAGUGAUCAUUGUGUUGGCCUGUGUGUUGGUCGUCAUCGUAGUAUUGGGUGGGAUUAUGUUCUUUCUGCAUCGAAAACAAAAAGAGAAACCUCGAUCUCCCUCAAGUCCAAGCCACCAGACGGCGCUAAAUCCCGGAGAUAGCCGAUAUUACACGAGUUGUCACUACGCCUCGGCACCCGUUGUGCCGCGACAAGUAGAGACAACACUCCGUGGGAGUAGAAUGGAGACCCGAGUUUUGAAUGGGGACCAGUUUCAACAGCCGUACCCUCCCUUACCUCCAGGGGAACGUCCGUACGGGCAGGUGCGCCCAGAGAUGGGCCUUCCCGUCAGCAACACCUUCACAAACUAUCGCAAACUGGAAGGAGAUUACACACCGUCCACUGCUAGCCAGAGCAACAGUGAUAAAUCUCCUAUAUACGAGUACAUAGAAGACUCGGACUCUAUCCGUGAUGACCGUCUGUCCAGACAUUCUAGAGACGUUUCCGCUUACUGCGAAUGUCAGGAGCACGGCUACAAUUCGCAAGGGUACAGCUCCGAUGGGAUAUACAGUGACCGAGGCACACAGACAACCCUGCCGAUCCGGCACUUCCAUCGACACGAUGGACGCCAUGAUAGUCGUCAUGAGAGAGACAUUCCAUACGGUAGCCCUCAGGAAAGCUUUGAUAUAGAUGAUUCCAGUAUGUCGAGAAGGGAGGCUCGAGGAGGGCAGCGAUCUCGACGGCGUCCAGGAUCUGGUACCUCCUCCCACGACAGCAGACACAGCUACAGAGAAGGGUCUCAGAGGAGACAGAUUCCUGCCUUGCAUCCACACUAUUUCUGUCCCCCGGAACUCACUUACAGAUAACUUUUGAACGAUGGUUUGGCUGAUGAGUGCAGGACGGUUAAGGUGACAGGGUACUUGUAUGUGUAUGUGUGCCCCGAUAUCAUCCCAAACAAUUUAUUGUACACCAUUGUCUUUCUGUGCGCGCACGUGCGAGUGUGUGAGUCAUGUCUGCACGUACUACAUGCAAUACCUUCAGUCAGUGGUGCACGCACGUGCUUUUGUAUUGCACUGUUGAAUAACAGGUGUAUUCCAGAAUAUCCACAGUAUUAUACUGACUAUCAAGCAACUCUUGCCUGGAACCUUCGGGACAUGUUUGUGUUUGGAAUGAUUACGUUUCAUCUUGAACAACUUCAUGGAUAUUCAUGUCUCCGAUGGUAGAAAGUGAACGUUCCUAUCUUGGUUUAUUCAACUUUUGUGUUUAACGACCCACACGGUGGUGUUCAGUAUUGUCAAGUACUGCAAUAAUCUCCGGAAAACUGUGCUUUUUUUUCUACUUGCAUAACUUCAGAUUCCUGCGUAAACAACACGAAUUGUACAGGAGUAGGAAGGAAUUGGUGAUGUUUUAAAAUAUGUUGCCUCGGUUGAUGUUGCUUUUUAUAAAGAAGUGCUAGAGAAUCUUAAAUAUUUCUAUGUGUUACAAAACACAGUUCUGCUCGGACAAUUAUGAAUGACAAAAUCUGGUCAAGAAUCGGACCAUGAUAACAAAGUUUAGAUAUAUUUAUUACAUAUACUAGUAACUGUUUUGCCCAAUAUGAGAACAACUUGAACUAAUAUUGUUUCGUAAGAUUUGUUCGAUACGUUGAAAUAUUAGUAAAUAUUGAGUACCAACUGCAGAUGAUCCAACUCGAAAUCUGACCCUGUUAACGUUUUUUACGGAAAACUCGCAAGUCUGUUCUGUUAUCGAUUAGAAGAUCGAGGAUGUUGAAUAGUUCAAGGAGCGAUGAAGUAUAUUUUGAAUGAAGAACUGAAACGUACAAAUGGUUAUUAGGAUUGGGGAUUUGGCUUUAUCCCUACAUUUAAACUAUGCAUGUGACGCUGCAGCCAUAUCAAACCGUGCUAUUUGGGGGAGGCUAUCGUUAAAAAGCUGUCUCUGCUGACCAAUACUUGUACAUAUGUUUACAUUUGCCGCUAAGCCCCCCAUUCCCAAUUCUUAUCUCCAUUUAGUAGAAUCAAUCGUGUACAAAUUUAAUUUUCCUGAUUACAAGCUUAAGCAUCUAUGUAUCUUUGUUAGAAAUAUUGGAUAUUGACAUAUACAACGGUGGUAUGACUAUGUCACUCGUUUUGAAGAAUUCAAAAUGUACUUCUCGUUCCACUGAAACAUUGUUUUGUAUGUUUCAUACGUUCAUGAAUCAUGUUGUAAGUGCAAGGAUAUUGGUGCAGAUGGGUUUCUUUGUUGUAAUGUUUGUGAGCCCAAACUGUGUGGAUGUAUAAACAUGAUGUAAAUAUCACUGUACAUAACAACACAUUGUCAUGACAAUCAAUGUUUGUUGAGGGGACAUAGAGAAUAAACAUAUCUCGGAUAUAUAACAGCA